AUGGUUGAAAAGUUAGGACUGAAGACGACAAAGCAUCCCAAUCCCUAUAAAUUGCAGUGGCUGAAUAAUGGAGGAGAGAUUAAAGUAAACAAGCAGGUGUUAGUUCCGUUUGCCAUUAGAAAGUACAAGGAUGAAGUACUUUGCGAUGUCGUUUCAAUGGAUGCGAGCCAUUUGCUAUUAGGUCGUCCGUGGCAGUUUGAUAAGAGGACAAUGCAUGAUGGUUUUACAAACAUAUAUUCUUUUAUGCACAAAGGAAAGAAGUUCAUCUUAGCACCUUUGACACCGAGUCAAGUGCAAGAAGAUCAGGAGAGAUUGCGAAAGAAUACUGAAGAAGUUCGUGGGAAAAACAAGAUGAAUGUGUAUGCAAGUAGCAAAGAAAUCAGGAAAUGUCUUUCCUCUCAACAAUCUUUGCUCAUUUUGUUGUUUAAAGAUUCUUGUUUAUUGUCUGAAACUUCUAAUGUUUUGCCUACUUCCAUUUCAUCUCUUUUGAAGGAAUUUCAAGAUGUGUUUCCGGAUGAAACACCCAAGGGUUUACCCCCUCUUCGUGGCAUUGAGCACCAGAUUAAUUUCAUUCCUGGAGCCACAAUUCCAAAUAGACCAGCCUAUCGAAGUAACCCCGAAGAGACAAAGGAACUUCAAAGACAGAUUUUAGAGUUGUUGGAUAAAGGUUACAUUCGAGAGAGUUUAAGCCCAUGCGCCGUACCAGUGCUAUUGGUACCUAAGAAAGAUGGGACUUGGAGGAUGUGUGUUGAUUGUCGAGCAGUAAAUCAAAUCACAAUCAAGUAUCGACACCCCAUUCCUCGACUCGAUGACAUGCUGGAUGAAUUAUGCGGAGCGACUAUCUUCUCCAAAAUUGAUUUGAAGAGUGGAUAUCACCAGAUUCGUAUGAAAGAAGUCGACGAGUGGAAGACAGCUUUCAAAACAAAGCUAGGUUUGUACGAAUGGUUAGUGAUGCCAUUUGGAUUAAUGAAUGCAACUAGUACUUUUAUGAGACUGAUGAAUCAUGUUCUGCGAUCUUUUAUUGGUUAUAUUGUUAGUUCUCAAGGAGUUGAGGUUGAUCCUGAGAAGAUAAAGGCGAUUCAAAAUUGGCCACGAUCGACAUCCAUUAGUCAGCAUAAAUUGAAUAAACGACAUGCUAAAUGGGUUGAAUUUUUGGAAUCUUUUCCUUAUGUCAUUCGUUACAAAAAGGGAAAAGACAAUGUCGUUGCUGAUGCAUUAUCACGUAGAUAUACCCUUUUGAGUUACCUUGAUUCACAGUUGAUUGGAUUUGCAUAUAUUAGAGAAUUAUAUUCUGAAGAUCCUGAUUUUAGAGAUAAGGAUAAUGCUUGUGAGAAAGGAGCAGAUGGAAAAUUCUACAGGCAUGAUGGAUAUCUUUUCAAAGAAAAUAGGAUAUGCAUUCCACAGGGUUCAAUGCGUGAUAUACUGAUCCGUGAAGCACAUGAAGGUGGAUUGAUGGGUCAUUUUGGGGUCACUAAAACGUUACACACCUUAAAAGAGCAUCUUUUUCGGCCUAAGAUGCGCAGGGAAGUUGAAAGGUAUUGUGAACGUUGUGUGACUUGUCGGAAAGCAAAAUCGAAGGACACGUUUCAGCUGCUUCUGGACUCGUCAGCUGGAGUUGAGCUGGUGGAGCUGAGUUUGAGCUAG